AUGGCGUCCAACGGUACCAACGGUGCAUCUGCAUACCACGCCUCGUCCACCACUCAGGCUAUCCAGGCCGAAAAGGACUUUGCUGCGCACAACUACCACCCGCUCCCCGUCGUCUUCGCCCGUGCCCAGGGGACUUCUGUCUGGGACCCCGAGGGCCGCCACUACCUCGACUUCCUCUCCGCAUACUCCGCAGUCAACCAGGGCCAUUGCCACCCCAAGCUGAUCGCUGCGCUCGUCGACCAGGCCUCGCGUCUGACGCUCAGCUCGCGCGCGUUCUAUAACGAUGUCUUCCCCAAGUUCGCCGAGAUGGUCACCCAGUACUUCGGGUUCGACAUGGUUCUCCCCAUGAACACCGGUGCGGAGGCGGUCGAGACCGGCCUCAAGAUCGCCCGCAAGUGGGGUUACAAGGUCAAGGGCAUCCCCGAGAACCAGGCGGUGAUCCUCAGUGCAGAGAACAACUUCCACGGCCGGACGAUGGCUGCUAUCUCGCUGUCCUCCGACCCCGAGUCGCGCGAGAACUACGGGCCGUACGUCCCCGGCAUCGGGUGCACGAUUCCCGGCACGGACAAGCCAAUUGCGUACAAUGACAAGGAUGCUCUGCGCGAGGCCUUUGAGAAGGUCGGUCCCACUCUCGCUGCCUUCCUCCUCGAGCCUAUUCAGGGUGAAGCCGGAAUUAUUGUUCCGGACGACGAUUACCUGCAGCUGGCCAGAGAGCUGUGCGACAAACACAACGUCCUGUUGAUCUGCGACGAGAUCCAAACUGGUAUCGCGCGGACGGGCAAGCUGCUCUGCCACGAGUGGAGUGGCAUUAAGCCCGACAUGGUCCUGCUGGGCAAGGCAAUCUCCGGUGGCAUGUACCCUGUCUCCUGCGUGCUGGGCAGCAAGGAUGUUAUGCUUACUGUUGAGCCCGGCACCCACGGAUCAACCUACGGUGGCAACCCUCUCGCCUGCGCAGUCGCGAUCCGCGCCUUGGAAAUCGUCAAGGAGGAGAACAUGGUCGAGCGGGCUGAGAAGCUUGGUCAGAUCUUCCGCAGCGGGCUGGAGGCCAUCCAGAGCCCCAUAAUCGAGACUGUCCGAGGAAAGGGACUGCUGAAUGCGAUUGUCAUUGACGAGUCCAAGACCAACGGUCACUCCGCAUGGGACCUCUGCAUGCUGAUGAAGGAGAAGGGUCUCUUGGCUAAACCCACCCACCAAAACAUCAUCCGCCUCGCGCCCCCUCUCGUCAUCACUGAGGACGAAAUCGCCAAGUCGCUCGAAAUCAUCAAGGCGGCCGUCACUGAACUGCCCAACCUGACAGGUGCAUCGGAAGACCAGGUCGUCCCUCCCGCGGAGAAGAAGGUCAAGAUUACCGUUGAAAACUAG